CACCGUUUUCCCCCAUCCCCUCCUAUUAUUAUUAUUCUUUUGAGUAUUCUUCAUUGUCAAGCCGCCAAAGUGGAGAGUGCGAUUGCAGAAGGGGGUGCUUCUCGUUUCAGUGCUUCUUCGGGGGGAGGAGGUGGUAGGGGCGCACCUCAGCACUAUCCCAAGACUGUCGGCAACAGCGAGUUCCUGGGGAAAACCCCAGGGCAAAGCGUUCAGAGAUGGGUUCCUUCACGAAGCACUAGACGAGAUGUCAACUCCAGUAAUGAAAAAGAGCGACACGAUGCAAUCUUCAGGAAAGUGAGGGGCAUACUCAACAAACUCACGCCUGAGAAGUUUGACAAGCUAUGCCUUGAGCUCCUGAACGUGGGCGUAGAUUCAAAACUCGUCCUUAAAGGAAUCAUCUUGCUGAUUGUAGACAAAGCCCUAGAAGAGCCCAAGUAUAGCUCGCUCUAUGCUCAGCUAUGUCUGCGCUUGGCAGAGGACGCACCAAACUUUGAUGGCCCUUCAUCUGAGAUCCAAACAUCCCAAAAGCAGAGCACAACCUUCAGAAGACUACUGAUUUCCAAACUUCAAGAUGAAUUUGAAAACCGCACCAGAAAUGUUGAAAUCUAUGACAAACAUGACAACCCUCUUACUUCUGAGGAGGAGGAGCAGCGUUCCAUUGCCAAGAGCAAGAUGCUUGGCAACAUUAAAUUCAUCGGGGAACUUGGUAAACUCGACCUCAUCCACGAAUCUAUCCUUCAUAAGUGCAUCAAAACACUUCUGGAAAAGAAGAAGAGAGUCCAGCUCAAGGAUAUGGGGGAGGAUCUGGAGUGCCUCUGUCAGAUAAUGAGAACCGUGGGGCCGAGACUCGACCAUGAGAAAGCAAAGUCUUUAAUGGAUCAGUAUUUUGGCCGUAUGCGAUCCUUAAUGAACAACAAGGAGUUGCCCGCUAGGAUCCGCUUCCUGCUGCAAGACACAGUGGAACUGCGAGAAAACAACUGGGUCCCCCGCAAGGCUUUCAUUGACAACGGACCAAAGACGAUUCACCAGAUCCGUCAGGAGGCAGUGAAAAAGCAGUUUCUUCACAUCAGCAAGCAGCCCAUUGUGAGAAAUGAUUUGGGUGUUUUCAUCCCAGCACCCAUGUCUCAGGGGAUGAGGAUGGACUUCUUCCUGGAAAGCCCCUUCAUGCCCAACAGAAUGAAACUGGACAGGGAGACUCUCGGGGGAUUGGCUGAUAUGUUUGGGCAGAUGCCAGGCAGUGGGAUUGGAACUGGCCCGGGGGUUAUUCAGGAUAGGUACUCGCCCACUAUGGGACGCCAUCGCACCAACCCGCUCUUCAACGGCCACAUCGUCCCUCAACCACAGUCACAGUUCGACGCAGGGCCAAAGUCUUUUGUUAAGUCCAACCAGGUUCAGAACCAGCAUUUCCUCAACCAGAACCAGAACCACAUGGCCCAGCAGCAGGUCCAGUCCAAGGACAUGCCUCCACGAUUCAGCAAGAAAGGACAGCUCAAUGCAGAUGAGAUCAGCCUGCGGCCUGCUCAGUCAUUCCUCCUCAACAAGAACCAGGUACCCAAACUCCAGCCCCAGAUCCCCACCAUGAUGCCUCCCAGCGCCCAGCCCCCACGUACUCAAACCCCCCCUUUGGGACAGCCUCCACAGCUUGGCCUGAAGACCAACCCUCCGCCCAUCCAAGAGAAACCUCAGAAGAUAAACAAGAAACCACCUCCUGCCAAGGAGGAACUGCUUAAAAUGACGGAGGCGAUGGUGACUGAGUACUUGAACAGUAAGAACCUGACCGAGGCUGUGAGCGGCGUGAGGGACAUGAAGGCUCCCAAGCACUUCCUGCCGGAGAUGCUGAGUAAGAUCAUCGUGUGUUCCCUGGACCGCCCCGAUGAGGACAAGGAGCACGCUAGCACUCUGAUCCACACGCUCCGCACUGAGGGCCUCAUCACUGGAGAGAACUUCAUGCAGGCUUUCCUCAACGUCCUGGACCAGUGUCCCAAGAUUGAGCUGGAUGUGCCCCUGGUGAAGUCCUACCUGGCCCAGUUUGCGGCUCGGGCCAUCAUCGCAGAGCUGGUGAGCGUGGCGGAGCUGGCUCACCCCCUGGAGAACGGCACACACUUCCCCCUCUUCCUGCUUUGCCUGCAACAGACGGCCAAGCUGAAGGACCGCGAGUGGCUCACCGAUCUCUUCCAGCAGAGCAAGGUCAACAUGCAGAAGAUGCUCCCAGAAAUCGAUCAGAACAAGGACCGCAUGCUGGAGAUCCUGGAGGGGAAGGGCCUGAGCUUCCUGUUUCCGCUGCUGAAGCUGGAGAAGGAGCUGCUGAAACAGAUAACGGCAGACCCCUCUCCACAGUCCAUCUACAAGUGGAUUAAAGACAACAUCUCGCCCAAGCUUCACACUGACAAAGGCUUUGUCAACAUCCUCAUGACCAGUUUCCUCCAGUACAUCUCCCAGGAGCUGUGCAUGGGCGAGGCCGACGAGCAGCUGGCCGCCCCUUCCAAAGAGCAGCUGGAGCAGGAGAAACAGCUGCUGCUGGCCUUCAAGCCCGUCAUGCAGAAGUUCCUGCACGACCACACCGAGCUGCAGGUCAGCGCUCUCUACGCCUUGCAGGUGCACUGCAACAGCAGCGCCUUCCCUAAAGGCAUGCUGCUGCGCUACUUUGUCAACUUCUACGACAUGGAGAUCAUUGAAGAAGAAGCCUUCCUUGCAUGGAAAGAAGACAUUAGCCAGGAAUUCCCUGGAAAAGGAAAAUCUUUAUUCCAGGUCAACCAGUGGCUGACCUGGCUGGAGACAGCGGAGGAGGAGGAGUCGGAGGAGGAAGCAGAUUGAGAAACCACGAAGAAGCAUCACGGUGUAGAAGAUCGACCUAUUCUUAUUAGUACACUCGCCUUUUUCAUUUUAUUUAACUCCAUUCUUAAUUUAACCACUACCACGUGGCACUUAGCUGCUUCUGUUAUGCAAAAUAUAAACGGAAAGCUUGUACCUGUAGGGCCUCAUGUGUUACCACCCGUUACCGUGACGAUGGGGUGAGAAGCAUCAUUUGAUCUGUUGCCUAAUGGAGGUUUGAUUUUGGAUCUUGUGUCCCGAUCAGCUGCAUGAAUUCUAAAGUCUGGAGUGGCUCAACCAUCUUUUUUUUUUUUUUUUUUUUUGUCUUCUUUUUUGAAGUGCGUAACUUUUUUUUUUUUUUUUUUUUUUUUCUCUCCUCCAUUUCCACUUAAUUUUUACUGAUUGGAACUUCCCCAGUAGGAAACGGCUUUAUUUAACAACGCGUAGGAUUUCCCCCUAAAUAAAUCAAAUGAGUGGUCGUCUUCACUAAUGUUAGUUAAACGCAUUAAGACUGUUCCCAAAAGGUGUCGUCAGUGACUGGCCUAGUGAUCCCAUGUAAGGGCCAACGCUGGAUUCCCUUCCAUCACACUCAUGUGAGCCUUCAAAACAGCAAAGGAGAUUAUAUAGUGUAAAAAAACAAAGACAAUAUGUGACAUUCAGCAUUUUGUUUCAGAAAGUAUGAUGGAUGGAAAGGGGGGGCCCACUAAAGUGAGAGUGAAGCAUAAGCUGGCAAAGCAUUUCAAAAUGAAUUAAUGUGCGUGUUUAGUCAACUUAUGCUUACUAAAAAAAAAUAUAAUUAAAUAAAAGUGCUUUUGUAGUCGCUGAUAAUGAGCAUCUUGCUUUCUUUGUGAUUCCCCCUUUCGUCAUCGGUCCCUUUCUUGGAUGAGUGGUUGCAAUACUCGCUCAACGAUCCUCCUCAUGUUACAAUAUUUCAAGAAGUUGUAAUCAUUGGUGUACCGCAGUAACGUUUCAAAGUUGCCUGUAUUUCUACCUCUUAGUAAGAUGGGCUUGUUUUCGUUUAUUGUGCUUGGAUAAUGACCUCUACUAAGAAUAACCUAUUAUUAUUAUUAUUAUUAUUAUUAUUAUUAUUAUUAUUAUUAUAGCCCAAGCAGAUGCUGAAGUUUUUGAUUUAGUCUUGGCCUAAUUGCACAAUAAAUGUAUGGAAGCAGACUUUUCCUAUGAAGCUUCACGUGGUUUACAAGUAUUAACUAUUUGAGAACUAAAGAAAAGCUUGUUUUUUUAUUUUUUAUUAAUUGGACAGCUCGGCAUCCUCUUCGAGAAACGAUAAAAGGUAGGCUUUCAGAGUUCCUUCUCACUCAGAAUUUGGAGUAACCGUGUGAAAGUGGCCUGUUUAUUUCGAAUGCUCCAAUGUGGAAAGUGGAACAAGUGCAUUUUUUUUUAUGUUUUUCUUAAAUUGGCAAAGUGAUAGCAAACCGUUAACAUAGGUUGUAAUUGCCUCCCCCUCACUAAACUAAAAUGUGUCUAACUGCUAAAUAAGUUUGACUUUUUCCCCAACAACUGUGCAGACAAGCCAUGCUUAGGUAUAAGACAAUGGAUUCGGAUCAUAUUGUAAGGUAUUCAAAAUUAUUGUGAACCUCUACUGCUUUAAUGUCAAUAAAGUCCAGUACAUGAGCACCAAAACUUCA